AUGGCUUCUAUAGGAUCACUAGUAUUCUGUAUGGACUGCGGCAACCUCUUGCCAGCCUCAAUGGGCAACGAGAAGAAUAUACUGAAAUGCGAAUGUUGCGGCGCAGAGAACAAAGACAAGGCCUCACAGACGAUCGUCACACAAAGCAAACCUUCCGACUUCCCUUCCCUUCUACGCCAAAAGCUCUCGACAGUCCAGACGGUUGAGCGCCACAAGGUUCAGACCGAAGCCAUCGACACCUCCGUCAGUUGCGAAAAAUGCGGGCGCAGCAACAUCCGGUUCUCUGCUGUGCAGUUGCGCAGUGCUGAUGAAGGCAGUACCAUCUUCUAUACCUGCGACUGCGGUAACAAGUAUGAUUCCUGCGCGUAUGGAAAAUAUGUAUUUUGCUAA